CAUUUUGCUUACAGUAAGUUGCAAGACUUUUGGUACAAAGUAAAAGAGCGACCAGCGAAGACUCAUACACGAGUGGCUUUGUAUGUUUUGUGAACAAAGAGGUCACCAAAUUCUUUAGAACUUUCUGCUUGCUUUUUUUUUGCUGCAACCUCUCGACCAAGAUAUCGGAUUGAAUGGUCAACCAACUAGAAGAGCCGAGCAAUACUCCUCCUUGCUUUUAAAGUGCCCAAGUACGAUAUAGAGCUUGUGCUGAGAAGGCCUUUUUUCGAUUGAGCAAGAACAAGUCUUGAUCAUGUCUCAGUUUUCUUCAGAAGGUUUGAGUAGCAGGCGUCAGUCGAGGCCUGGAAGAGAAUAACAGAGUCAGUUCCCCAGCACAUAAAGGUAGGUUCAUCUUUCCCCUACUUUUUUCAUGAACCUCGAGCUUCACGUACAUGAGAUCAAUUCAGCGUAUAUCACCUCAAAAUUCUAGAGGAGAAGCAGAAGCAGAAGCAGAAACCCGAAUUACAUUCCGAAUCACACCGUCUAUCAAAAAAUUCCACACGACUCGAUAUACAUACGAAAGUCAUGGAUAUCCUUGCCGAACUCGAGAGUAUGGCCGUCAAUGUCGCAACGGCAGCAGCAGAAGAAGAGACCAUCCCCGACGUUGACGUCGAGAGAUGGCAGAAGCUAUUUGGCUUCACAAUUUCAGAGGCCCGUGCAGCACUCGAGACGUACCGGCGAGACCUCUUCAGGACCAAGAUCUCCGACGAGCUUUGGGAUACGGUCGGAUCAGACAAGCAGGCCGAGGGUUACGACCGCGAGGCCUAUGAAUAUUCCCUCACACGACCUCGACGACACGACUCGUCCGGACGGUACGACGAAAAGGGGUCGUACAUUGUCCAACUCACCGGCCCUCUCCAUUCACCAGAGAUACUCCAACGGGCCGCCACGCUGAACCGUGUCCCUACGCCGAUCGGUGGUGUAGGAGAGUGUGGACAAGCGGAAUUUUGUGAGAUCGAUGGAGCGGCAAAGGCUCGACUCCUCUCGUGGGCACGAAAGUACCACUGCGGCUUUCAGCCCACCAUCAUCCGCCUUUCCAAGGCCAAGAAGGAGCUGUCCGAGAUCACCCAGGCACCCACGCUCGGGAACAACCUCCUCACACUACCUCAGCACCGCCCCGACGACGUCGGCGUCGAGCCGACCCCGUCCCCGGGUCAGUAUCCGGUCUGGUACUUUUUCUACGGCACGCUGGCCGAUCCAGACGUGCUGUCUCGACAACUGGGACUCGAAGAAGCACCGCACUACGUUCCGGCCAAAGUUUCCGGGGGCCGCGUUCGGACCUGGGCGGCGAAAUACAAGGCACUGGUCGACGCGCCCGGCGAGGAAGUGCCUGGCAGUGCGUUCCUCGUCCAAUCUGCUUCUCAAGAGGAUGCCUUGAGGUUCUACGAAACCGACAAGUAUGAGGUCGUGAGGUGCAAGAUCACGACGCAAACCGAGGUGUUGGACGGCCUUACCUUUCGCUUCGAUGGCAGCGAGGACGACUUGGAUCAGAUUCACUAGUUUAGAUAUGGGAUAUGGUAGGACAUGGGUCAGGCGCGGUUCCUUACUGUGCUAUGUGUUUGUUAUGUACAUAGGUGCCAGUCAGUUGGGGGCUUCAGCGAAGGGGGAAGUUGUCCUGGGUGGCAUAAGUCACUCAUAGCCCCUGAAAGAACUCUACCCUUUCUUUUUUCCAUCAAUCUUGCUCUAUGAUCAUCCAGUUGUGAACAACAAUGACAUUAUUAUGCAAGAAAUUUGUCGAUGCUAAUGUUAGAGAAAUCAAAGCAGCUAAGGGAGUACUGGCCGGGCUCACUCCCGG